GGGUCGUUCAUAAGGGCGCAUGCGCAACAGGUCAGGUUGCGUUGGCGUCCCGUGUUGCUGGCGGUGUCCUCAAUAUAGCGGCCAGUGUGUGCCUCGGUGUGGCACGUGCGAAAGGUAACGGUCGGAAGUCAGCCUCCCGUGUUCAGGAAUGAGAAGAGGGCAGUGCUGCUCAUCUCUGCUUGUUUACCCUGAUUCACUCGGCAGGAUUUAUUUUGUGUCUUUUCAUGGAGACUGAUGACCAGCUUGGAAGAAGGCAACUAGCCAAUGGCUUCUGACUCCAUGGUCCCAGAGCAAGUGGAGCAUCGUGGGGUAAAAGGAAAGAGACAGCAUCAUCAGGAAAAGACCCCUCUGAACAGUGAUGGCGAAGAAGAAACAUUUGUGUUUGAGGCGAAUGAAGCGUGGAAGGAUUUUCACAGCUCCCUGCUUCGCUUCUAUGAAGCCGGGGAACUGUUUGAUGUCACCCUGAAGGUUGGAUCAAAGUUGAUUUCCUGUCACAAGCUGGUGCUGGCUUGUGUUAUUCCUUACUUCCGAGCCAUGUUCCUUUCCGAAAUGGCCGAAGCCAAGCAGACGUUGAUCGAGAUCAAGGACUUUGACGGCGACGCCAUAGAAGAUUUGAUCAAGUUCGUCUACUCGUCCCGGCUGACCCUGACGGUCGAUAACGUCCAGCCCCUCCUGUACGCCGCUUGCAUCCUCCAGGUGGAGGUGGUGGCCAAAGCCUGCUGCGAGUACAUGAAGCUGCACUUCCACCCUUCGAACUGCCUGGCCGUGCGCGCCUUUGCCGAGAGCCACAACCGCAUUGACUUGAUGGACAUGGCCGACCGCUACGCCUGCGAGCAUUUCGCCGAGGUCGUGGACUGUGAAGACUUUGUGAGCGUGUCGCCUCAGCACCUGCAUAGGCUGCUGUCCUCCAACGACCUCAGCAUUGAGAGUGAAAAACAGGUCUACACGGCUGCUAUCAAAUGGCUUCUUGCCAACCCUCAGCAUCAUGCCGUGUGGUUAGAUGAAAUACUCGCGCAGGUGCGUCUGCCGCUGCUGCCCGUUUGUUUCCUGAUGGGCGUAGUGGCAAAAGAAGAGAUUGUCAAGCAGAACCUAAAAUGUCGGGAUUUGCUGGAUGAAGCAAGAAACUACCACCUGCACCUGAGCAGUCACACAGUACCGGACUUUGAAUACUCCGUCCGAACUACGCCCAGGAAGCACACGGCAGGUGUUCUUUUCUGUGUUGGUGGUCGUGGUGGAUCCGGUGACCCAUUUCGCAGCAUUGAAUGUUACUCAAUAAAUAAGAACAGCUGGUUUUUUGGCCCCGAGAUGAACAGUAGAAGAAGGCACGUGGGUGUCAUCUCUGUGGGAGGUAAAGUUUAUGCAGUGGGCGGGCAUGACGGAAAUGAACACCUGGGAAGUAUGGAAGUGUUUGACCCUCUUACAAAUAAGUGGAUGAUGAAAGCAUCUAUGAAUACCAAAAGGAGAGGAAUUGCUCUUGCCUCUCUGGGAGGCCCCAUCUAUGCCAUCGGAGGCCUAGACGACAACACUUGCUUCAGUGAUGUGGAGAGAUACGACAUUGAAUCCGAUCAGUGGAGCGCGGUGGCCUCAAUGAACACUCCUCGGGGGGGAGUGGGCUCAGUGGCCCUCGUGAACUAUGUAUACGCCGUUGGUGGUAAUGAUGGCGUAGCUUCCCUUUCCAGUGUGGAGAAAUACGAUCCUCAUCUGGAUAAAUGGAUAGAAGUAAAAGAAAUGGGUCAGCGCAGAGCUGGCAAUGGGGUCAGUGAACUCCACGGCUGCUUAUAUGUAGUAGGUGGCUUUGAUGAUAAUUCUCCACUUACCUCGGUUGAACGAUUUGACCCUCGCUGUAACAAAUGGGAGUAUGUAGCUGAGCUUACCACUCCUAGGGGUGGCGUUGGCAUAGCAACAUUAAUGGGGAAAAUUUUUGCUGUUGGUGGUCACAAUGGGAAUGCUUAUCUGAAUACAGUGGAAGCCUUUGAUCCAGUGGUGAACAGGUGGGAGCUUGUGGGUUCUGUGUCCCACUGCAGAGCUGGAGCGGGUGUAGCGGUGUGUGCCUGCCUGGGCAGCCAAAUCCGUGAUGUGGGUCAAGGAUCCAGCAACGUGGUAGACUGCAUGUGAAUUUGGGUUGAAGUCUAUCGUCUGUUGAUGUCACAAGACUUCAGAAUCCCUAGGAAUUUCCUAAAUCUGUAUUUGUAAAUAUGCACCAGUGCUUUUGUAAGAGAAUCUGAGUAUCUGGCAACUGAAGGCUUGGCAGACAUAGAACAAGAAGCCCUCCGUGCUGGAUGAUACCAUAAUGCCCAGAAGUAGUUCAGAAGCUGAAGAGCCUUUGAUCUCCAGCAUCUGGUAGUCUAACCAAGGGGGACAGGUUGUGCGGAAAAUGCUGUUCAGGCGUUUUGAAUGGCUGAGCUUUUCUCCAGAAUCUUUGUACUUGAGCAUUUACAUCUCUUAUCUGAAGGAUGUUUUGGUUAACCCAGGGUUGACCACCCCGGGGUUAAACAUAAUAGCCGCAUUUAUGAAUAAGCAUGUUCUGUUCUAAUGCUAUUGCUAUGCAAACCUAAACUAGCUCAGUUGACUCUGGCCUCCUGAAACAUGUUAUGGAAAGGGCACUUGUAAAUUAACAGCUUUCAUUUGCCAGAGUGAAGCACCUAAUAACCAUCGAUCUUGUUAACAUCCAUUUCAGUCUUCAAAAUCCUAAAGCAUGAGAUUACGUUUGCUCAGGUCACGUGGCUGGCUUUGUGUGGAAUGUAAUCACUGCUGCACACCUUCUGGUGAAAGUUUGCAACAGAAGCCGGGGGUACGCUUUUCAGUUCCGGAAGGAAAAUGUUAGCUACCACUGAAAUAAAACCAGGGCUUUGUCCACUACAGCCUAUCUCCAUUUGGAACACUUAUUUUGUCGCCCGUGAACUGUGCUAAGGCAGUUGGUUGGCUCUGCCAGGCUUGUAAACGUUGCAUCUCCAUCUUGUAAUGUCCCAUUCUCCAAACCGCCUGGCAUUGAUAUCCCGCAUGCAUUCCUAGAACAUGUGUAAGCCACAACUAGAAGAUAUGCAUCAGCGUAAUUGGAGAGUAAUCAGGUAGGCGUCUCAGACAAUCAUUCAGCAAUUCACUUAUUAGCUGGCUAGUUCGGAUGUGUUCCUGACCUCGAAAUGACUCCUGUGAUCUAAGGCACACCUCAGGCCCUUUGCCGCUGCCGUUCUGCUUUUUGCUUUUGGAGUGACCGGAAAGGUUAUGUGCAGUGAUGACUCUGGAGCUCGAUCCCACCACUCCCUUCAGGGGUCUGCAACCUGCGGCUGUCCCUGCCAGCUGAUGGGAUUUGUAGUCCAUGAACAUCUGGAGAGCCGCAGGUUGCAGACCCGUUCCAAGUCUUCCUUGAAUGAGAUUUUUUUUAAAGGUGGCAAGGGGCAUGAUUGAAGGGAGGGUAUAUAUGCCAAGCUAAGAGGUAGCAAA